CAUGUCAUUGGUCAGGACGGCCCCUAUGUUAAUAAGGGGGUAGCCCCAGCCAGUAGAAGGUCUGAACGUCCUAUCUCCUGCCCUAACUCCCUACAUCCAGGGGCAGAUCAAGAUGGCACCAACUUUUUACCAUCAUUGGCCUGAGCCCGUGACUGAAAAAUCAGCGUCCAUGGAGCAAAGUCAGUGGUGGGGGUGGAAGUGGCUGAGCAUUGGCCUAACCUUGCUGGCACCGGCUCUGUUUGUGGCCCUGAUCGUCUUUGCCGUCAGAGCCAACAGCAAAGCUUGCAAAGAGGGCCUCCUAGCAGAGCAGGAGUGUCGCAAUGUCACCCGCCUCCUGGAACUCCAGCUAGCCCAAACCCGGCAACACUUACUGGGGGCGAAGGACCAGGCUGCCACCUGCAACCAGACUGUGGUGAACCUUUCCGCUUCCCUGGAAAUGGAGAAGGCCCAGGGUCUGGAGCAGCUCAGGGGAAGAGAGGAGCUUCAGCGAGAGGUUGAGAAAUUGAAGAAGCAGCUGCAGGACGCUUCGGAGGAGGUGGAACGACUCAGAAAAGAGAAGGAAGCCUGGAGCAAGGAAGGGGACCCCAGCUUCAGCAGCUCCUCGAAGUCACUCGGCCCCUGGAUGGUCCCCAUGUGCCUGUCCCUGGGCCUCACUGCUCUGCUGGCCUGAGGCCUGCUGGUCAUGGUGCCCCUUGUUCUCAGAAAACAGACCACCAGGGAUGCCUGCGUGGCUCAGUCAGUGAGGCGAAGCGUCUGCCAUCAGCUCAGGUCAUGAUCUCGGGGUCCUGGAAUCGAGCCCCACCACCAGGCUCUUGCUCAGCAGGAAGCUCGCUUCUCCCUCUCCCUGCUGCUCCCCCUUCUUGUGCUUUCUCUGAUAAAUAAGUAAAUAAAAUCUUUAAAAAAGAAAAAAAAAAAAAAAAAAAAGACCGCCACCACGAAACAUGUUCUUUUCUAACGACAAAGCACAUUCUUUUCUAGUGGGAAACCCACAUCCCGGAUGAGCCCCAGAAAGAGCCUGACCCUGUAGAAACUUGUCACCUCCUGUUCUACAGGGCCAAGCAAACAUCGACUUCCCCCCUCCCCACUCACCCUGCCCUAGAGGCUCAGCUGCAACCCUCUCACACCCUUAAAAGCCUUUAUUUUAUUUUAUUUUAAGAUUUUAUUAUUUAUUUGACAGACAGAGAUCACAAGUAGGCAGAGAGGCAGGCUGAGCGAGAGGAAGGGAAGCAGGCUCCCUGCUGAGCAGAGAGCCCGAUGCGGGGCUCCAUCCCAGGACCCUGGGAUCAUGACCUGAGCCUAAGGCAGAGGCUUUAACCCACUGAGCCACCCAGGUGCCCCCCCCUUAAAAGCCUUUAAAAGGCCCAGCCUUACAGAAUCUCACCCAAGAGAUUUCUCUCUUGAUGUCUGGCCCCUCUUCUCCCUUGGAGAGUAAGUAAAUUCUGUCCUGCUUGGGGUUUUAACCUCUGCGUAAUUCUUUGCCGCCCAGCCCACCGGCUACCUUAACAUCAUUUCAAAGCUUUCUUCCAGCUUGGUCAUCCUGGGCUUCCCACUAUUUGCCCUAUACUCCUCUCCCCAAAGACUCCUCUCCCUCUCCCCGGUUCUCCCCACUCAGACUUCAGCUCCGCUGACCGGCCUCUGCCUUUCCACCGACCCGCAGGUGAUCCUCCCUUGGCUCUUCCCCAACCCCAUCUCCUUCCCCUCAAGACCCUCUGUCACCCCGUCCCCUUCAGCGCUUGCCUCCAGGUCUGGAUCCUUCUUCUCCCAACACAUGUUCUUCCCAACCUCCCCCCCCCCAUUCCCUCUUGGCAAAGUGGCUGGAGCAGAGGGCAUGGUUCGGGUCUACCUUCCCUUCUGCUCACCAGAUAUUUCUCUUAUAAGAUGUAAGCUUGGCUUUUUUUCCAAAUCAUCCUGCCAGGUUCACUAAGGAAUCUGAGUAAUUCACCCUCUCCUCUGGAUGUAUCAUGGAGGGACCUAUACAAUUAGGAAUGGGAUAGGGAGGCCACCCAGAGAUCAGAUAAAAAUCCUGCUCUUGUCCUUUUGUUCUCACUGAGGCUCUUCAAAAACUCACCGACCUUGAUCCUAACUCUCAUGUAGGAAAACUGAACGUAGCUAUGCAUUUCAUCUCCCAGUCGGACCCACAUAUUAGAAAAACAAAACUAGAUAAAGCCCACAAACCCCUCAAUCCAAAGUACUAGACCCAGCCUUCAAAGCUUUUAACAGCAGAGAGGAGGAAAUCAAAGAGGAAAUGAGAAAGGGACAUUAAAAAAAAAAAAAAAAAAAAAAAAAAAAAAAGAUCUCAGGUUUAUCAGCUCCUGCCUUCUGCCGUUACCAGAGCUAUUCUAGAAAGGUCUCACCCUGCUGGCUUGACCCAAACAUUCAAUAAGUCCCCCUGGGUGGCUCAGUGGGUUAAGCCUCUGCCUUUAGCUCAGGUCAUGAUCCUAAGGUCCUGGGAUUGAGUCCCACAUCAGGCUCUCUGCUGGGCAGGGAGCCUGCUUCUUCCUCUCUCUCUGCCUGCCUCUCUGCCUACUUGUGAUCUCUGUCUGUCAAAUAAAUAAAUAAAAACUAAAAAAAAAAAA